AUGCAUUAUUGUGCCAAGAUCUGGCGCCGGGUCUUCUCCUCGGGUUCCCGGGGCCAGUGCCCGUUAUCGCUCUCGGACCUCGGCUCCCGGGCUUCGCCCUCCUCCCAGCACCCGAGCUUACUAUUUCCCCGGCUCCAGCGGUGGGCCUUCACCUCUUGUCUGGUUCCCGUCAGAGGCCCGUUAACGCUUCUGGUCCUCAGCGCCCAGGCUCACUAUUACCCCAACUCCCGGCGGCAUGCCUUCAGCUCUCAUUUGGUUACCGGCGCCUGGGCCCGUUAUCGCUCCUGGUCCCUGGCUCCCCGGAUUCGCCCUCUUCAUGACAGUCAGGCCCACAAUUGCCACGGCUUCAUGCGGCGCGCUUUCACCUCUCGUCCGGAUCCCUACUCACGGGCCCGAUAUCACCUCUGGCUACCCGACGACGCACCAUUGCGCCUGGCGCCCGACGCCUGGACCGCCUUCACCCCCUGA